UUGUUGCUAGCCAGUAUGGCAAUAGAACAUUUACAACGAAUGACAGGGUUGCGUCCAUAAGAUGCAGAACAAAAAGACUUGGUCGUGUCUCUGGCAACCAAACCGAUAGAACGAACGACCAGCCGGCUUGGGUAGCAACUCUAGAUUUGUGUCAAGACUUUAUCUUGUGUAAGGAUGAAAUAGAAUGAAUAAAAAUAAUAUUUUUCUUGAAAAUAUGUAAAUCGUUAUUAGAAUAUGUUGGUAACCCGUUGUAUGAAAGUGAUAAUGUCCUCGUAGCCAACUUUUUCUUGGGCCUAACAACACCUGUGUCAAUAUAUCCUCCAAACCCUGGCUUCUCUGGCAUUAUCACUUAAAAAUCAUGGUCGCAAGGCAUAUGAAUUACCAGGUAAUAGAGCAAACAACGCAAUUAUUGCAACCAAAAUGUUGUAAUAUGCCUUUUUUUCUGGCUUCCCAAGUGAUUUCACCAACGCACCGCUACUAUCCUUAACCACUGAUACAGGAUCUGAUUGUUCUUCCCCUAGUUAUUAAGGUUAGGGUUUGGUAAGGUAAUCUGAUCCAAGAUCUGUAGCGACGUGUAACUUCUACCUCAAGCUCAUCUGGCACCCUUUUGUUUUUCCAUUGCAAAGAUAAUUCUGGUCUGAUUACAAUACUAUUGACCUGCACACCCUAUCUCCUCCUCCUCUCUUUGGGAUGAUCACUAUCUAAUAGUAUAAAGCAUGAUUUAUACAAUGUUUUUGGGGGGUUAUUCAGUCUGGCGAGAUCAGUGAUCCUCCCAAGCAGGGAGGGCUUACAGCGCUUGUUGCUAGGCUGUGGUUCUUUUUAAAGAAAAUCUUCCACUGCAAAACAGCAAGAGCGAUUCUGGCUUUCAUCUUAUUGGUUGGUGAUGGGGGUGGAGUACCAAGGACUGAACACUGAACAGGACAUUCAAAAUGGCGUUUAUGUUAUUGCUGCUUCUUGCAAAGCAAUGCAGUUACAGUCUAUCCAUGAAUUAUUCAGUUAUGUCUGUAUGCAAGAGAUUAUAAUAUGGUCAAUGCACUGUUCAAUAAUUAUUGAGGUGAAUAUAGGGCUAUGCAACACGUGAUGUAAUAAGUGUCUGCUGAAAUGUUUAGUGAAAUAUACAGGACAGGAGGAAUUAAAACAAAACUGUUUGAUAUUCAAAACUACAGAUUAUUUCACUACUGAAGUUUGUUUAUAUCUUGCCUUUAAAUGGUCUUCAUAAACACAUUUCUUAGGAGGCACACAAAAGGUGUAUUUAAAUGCAUAACAUACAUAAAUAACCCUUUGAGAAUACAUAAUUGGGUAUUGUAGGGGAAUCUUGCAACAAUGUAUCCUUCCUCCUUGUAACUAACAUUAGAUGCAUUUCAAAACGUUGAGCACAAUGUUGCAUAUUGACUUCAAUUAAUAUAUUAAUUGUAAUAAUGUAAACCUUCCGCGCAGAGGCUCUGCUACCCAGGAUGCUGGUGUGUUUCAGAGGAAGUUGUAUGCGCUUAUGUUGAAAAAGAGGGGGCAGAGCUGUAUUGAACAGGAUAACAGUUCAGGCAGACGUAGUGGGAAGGACAGACCGAAGAGACGAGCCCACAGCACAGCACAGCAUGGCAGAGAGAAGCACAACUGUCAGGGAGAAGUUCCCGAUAAAAUACGAAAAUCAGAAAGAAAUGCGGCGGCCGCGUGGUAGAAGACAAGGGAUAGCGCCCGUCUCACAUAUGGGAACCAUUGAAGUUAGAAAAAUGGGCUGAAAGAAGAAUACCAAUGUUUUGAUAUUUGAAAAAAUGUUUGUCAUCCGGAUGGUCGACCAUAUUUAUGACUAGGGGGAUUGGAAUGACCAAGACUUAAUCAAGGCCUGAACUGUCAUUCCCUCCCAAUGAAAUAAGAAGACAGCUAUGUGUAAGUCCAUGUCUUUUUAUCUGUGCUGUAACAAAUGGAAUGUUUCUUCAAAUAUCUGCUAUAACACUUUCAAUACUGUACUAAAUCAAUUGAACAUUUUUUACCUCUGUUGCAUAAUAUUUAAGUAAAGGUUGUGAUCUUUAGCGCAAAUAACAAUCCAGAGGUAGGUCUAUUUAUUGGUAAUGGUAGUAGGGUUCCCAGUUAUAUAUAAUUUAGAGCAAUGAUUGUAAACAAUUGAGAUCAACAGAGAUCUCCCACCUUGGAAUUGUACCUCAUCUUCCAGUAUUAUUGAAAGAUGUGUAUUCCGGUGAAAGUUAGAACACUUUAGCUAAAUCAGUUUAAAGUUGCUCAUCUAUCCCUUUUGGUAUAAGAAGCCUUGUAAAGGGAAUUUUAUCAUAUCACAAUAAUUAAAGACAGACUCCUCCCCUUUAAAAAAACAAUUUGCAUAAAAUAUGCCCAUACUCCCCCGAGAAGCAGCAUAUUUUCCCUUGUAGCUGAAAGUUUCCAUUCAUUCUUGAUAGCUUCUUUAAGAGUUCCUCAAUCUUUCAAAUAUUCACAGAUUAUUUUCAUGCCUGUGACAUAUGCCAGCCCAUCAUGUACUAUGAUUAUUCACAACUGCCCAAAUCUAUCCUUUAGUCUCUUUUCUUUUAACAAACUUAAUCAUAAAAAAUGUUUUCACUUCAUCUCUAUGGUAAGGUCAGUUAAUUCUGACAAUGCAUAGACUAUUAUUCUAUAGUACUCUUAUUGUCUCAUCUGGUAUAAUAAAGUAACCUAGAUACUACUACCAUUAUGUUUGACUUUUCCAACAAUGUUAGAAAAUAGUGAAACUGUUACACUUAGGCCACACUGUCUUCUGUGAUACAUUUGGGGCGGCAGGUAGCCUAGUGGUUAGAGUAUUGGGCCAGUAACAAAAGGUUGCUGGAUCGAAUCCCCGAGCUUUCAAGGUAAAAAUCUUGUCAUUCUGCCCCUGAAAAGGCAGAUCAGCGGCACUGUUCCCCGGUAGGCCGCCAUUGUAAAUAAGAAUUUGUUCUUAACUGACUUGCCUAGUUAAAUAAUAAAACAAUCCAGUCUCUUUUCUUUAGUAAAAUAUGAAACGGGGACUAAGUCUGUAUUAAUUAGACCCAACCCACCUCUACUAAUGGAUUUCUGUGCAUGGCCCUACUGUCCACUGAAUGAUAAUGGCAAACUAAAUGUUCAACGGAAACUCAGUUUUCUUGGCAGGAUCCUCCAAAAACGAACUUUGUUGUCACCUGCUGGUCAAGAAAUGACAUCUUGGGUCGGACCAUAUGAAUGUGUAACCAUAUGAAUGUGUAAUCCAUUUUGAGAAAAAGAUGGUUUUAUUCUCAUACCACAUGUAGAUUUGAUCUCUUCCUUGGUGAAUCUCUGCUGGUCAUGUUUGGAAAUUCUGGAGGCAGGGUGCAUGCAGAGGAAGCACAUUUAGCAUAUUUUGUGCAGUUUAGCUCAUGCAUGAUUAUUAUUUUUGUAGUUUUGUGUUUUGUUUACAAAUCAAGCUGCAAUAGUUUAGAAUCAACCGUAAUGGUUCAGCAAUGUCAGUUGUCUAAAAGUGUUGGAAAAGGAAUUUUGCAAGAUUAUGAGAUUAACUCAUGCCAACGUGUACUCAAUGUGAUUCUGGUGGGCCCCCUAAUGGACAGUUUAAGUAGUUUUGCCUAGCCUGACAGAAAAAUAAUAAUAAACCGUAUCAAGUUAAUGUUAUCAAAUUAAUUGGUAACAUCUAAAGAGCAUGGUGCAAUUCCAGAAGUAGAUCACAAACCAUGGCAUAAUUCGUUUUUCUAAUUUUGAGAAAUAACUAAUUUACAUGAUCCACAUUCAAAUAUAAGUUAUAGUGAAUGGUCAUAUGUUUCAAUUAACAGAUGUGCUAGAACAUUCCAUUUGCUUAGCUUUUACUUGUGCAUGCAAUUUUGUUGUAUUUCCUGUUUUGUCUUUUGUUUCCAAUUGUUCAACUCUAAAAUGUGUUGAAUGGUUGCUAUUGAAUUGCAUAAUGCUAUGUUCAUGUGCUCUCGGAAUUAUCGGAAACUCAGGAUUGGGAUACUUCUGUAAAGCUCCCUGAAUCGCCAUCAUUACGAGUUUCCGACAUCCAAAACCGAUCACAACAAGCUCCCACGUAGGAAAUAGUCGUUGUACUCCCGACUUUCCCAGUUCAGAUAGUUUUGAGGUUCAUACUAGAACACUUGCAUUACUUUUAGUAUUCCAUAUAUUUAUUCACUUCAUUGUCUUCGGUUCAUGUUUGAAAAGCAUGAGCAUCUCUGCAUUCAAUUAGAGUACUGUUUUAAAAGUGAUAAAAGGCACACAAUGCCAUUUGGGCAAAUAGGUCAGAAUUCUGAAAUAUUUAUGUCCAAUCUGUUUGCAAAUUACAUGUUAUAUGUAUGGGGAGCAAGGAUUCAGCCCUUAAUGCUCUUAGAUAUAUUUUUAUUAUUAUAAUAUUUUUUUCAUUGAUUCGAAUUGCGAUAUUUGUUACCACAUACUGCAGUAAUGUACAGACAUUUUAAACUUCUGGGUUUCAUUACCAACUUGACUUUUAGCUAGCUAUUCAGAAUUGGAAUCUUUUGGAGUUAUUAAUGCUAUUUUGGUCCAAAAAAAAUCCACCUGAUGGGUUUGGACAAUAGUUAAUAAUUAAUUAAAUGUAAUAUAUAUAUAUAUAUAUUUUUUUUUUACUCAUUUCAUCUUUUUCUUAAUUCCAUUAAAGACCCAAUUCUACUGGACAUUGAAGUGGAGACAACUGCUUUGUCAUCAAGAUGGCGACUGGGAUUUGGGAGCUAAUUGGAUUUUUGAAAAGCUGACUGCUUGGAUUUUUCUGGAUUUUAUUUGACUGUGUCAAUUGGAAUUACUUAAACUUUCACAUGGACUCUUGUGCUGGGGAUUUUUUGGACUCAGUUGUUUGAAUAGGCUAUUGUAAUAGUUGCUUUUACUGCAUUCAAUUAGAGUACUUUUCUACUUCUGUGAUUUCCUAAUGCGCUGUUAUUUAUAUUAAAUAAAACGUUUUUUUUUUUCACAAUUCUGACUCUUUCAUUGGUCAAUAUGCUACCCAAGAUUGUUACCAGACUAUAUUGUCUAUUUUCUAAAUGUGAAAAUUCUAAAUACAAACUUUGAAUCAAUUUCACAAAAAUGUAAUGACCUGUCUGGUAUUUUCUUGGGCUUCUUAAUGCCUCCAGUCAGUGGAAGGGAUACAAUUUUAAAUUACAUAAAUAGUGCUAGCUAGUAAUUACUACCUUUACAUAGGAUCGAUGGAUGUAGUAGAAGGUAAACGCAAAUAACGCAGUUUACGCAACUUUUUAUUUGGGGAAUCUUCACACACCUAUUACGCUAAAGUUUUUUGCUGAAGUGUUUACAUUUACUUGUCUCCAUCUCAAGCAUUGCUGAGCAACUUACCUUUGUGUAACACUACAUCCCUGGUGGGAUAAUUUCCUUUCAAGUUAAUUACAUCACACACUUUGGGUACCAUUUAUACACUCUAGGUAGGACUUCUGUCCACAAAAUCUGAUUUGCGUGAUUAGAUUUUUUUUAAAUACUGAAGUUAAAGCGUAUGGCUUAUUGUGAUUGAUGCAGUCCAUGGUGAAGUGGCUGGCUAAUCCAGACUAUUAAUUAAACCAAUAAAAGUUAUACACUGCAGCUCUACAUAAUACAAAGAGUUAAAACAGAGCUUUUGGCAAGAACUGAAAUGGUGUCCAAGGUUGUUUGCGUCUAAAAUGGCUCCUGAAGUCUUAUUUCCUGUCUGAACAGGAAGUGAUGGGUCUCUGUUUUAAAUAUUAUCGUUCUACUUUAAACCCAUUUUUUUCCAAUAUGUAUCUACAUUUGUCAAAUUAUAUCCUCUUGACGUGAAGAAACUAAAUUAAAAAUAUAUAAAAAUGUAAUAUAGUUUUGCCGUUUUUAUACAAAAUUAAGGGGGUGGGACUUUUGGACAUCACCUGAGUGUGGGGUAAAUGGAAAUAACGUCAAUCAAAGGCAAAGCUUUCAGAGCUAGGAAGGAGCUCUAGAUGGCGGAUGAGCCUUGGGAAAGGGAACAAUUAACUGGGCUUUCGUCAGACCUUUUCUUUUUCAUGAAAUCAAGCUCGAAUAUGACGCGCUAUUAAUAUUUGUUUUACUUAAAAGAAAACGUGUUACUAUAGUGAACAGUGAAUUAGGUUUUCUGCGGUAUUUAAUGCGUUUUUCGUCGUGUAGAUCCGUUUUGCAGCGUGUAUGCGCGAGUCGUUGUUUUCUCUGCCUAGGUUUGGCAGCCAUGGCGCCCCUCCAUUUUUAGUGUGCUCUGUGAAGAGCUCUAGCAUUUCGUCUCAGUAUCACUUUUGUGAGGUUUCAUUAUCCUAUUAACAACAUUUAGUUCUUUUGUGCCUGUUUAUUUUCAUUCAACCUUUUUAAAUUGCAUUUAUUUUAAUUUUUAUGUCAUAAGUAUUAAAGUCUGCUUUUGCGGAUGUGAAUCUAACUUCAUUAUACCUUCCUGUACAUGGAAUAGGUAUGUUGACGUUUUAUAAUACCUACCUACAAUCGAUUCUUUUUUCAUUUAUCACAGUUUAGGCGUUCUUUGUUUGGUGACGCAGUUAGAAUUUGUGCAUGUGGCUCGAUCGGUGAAUCUAAUUGAAAUACACUCAACACUUGGCUUUUUUUAAAUCACAGGAUGUCAUCAGUUGUCAUUUAUUAAUAGAUAAUGUAUAUAGUAAUAUAAAUAAUGCCAGUUUUAAACGUCAGACACAAUGCUGAUGGCUUAUUUCAUAACGUGAAGGUUUUUACUGUCCUCUGAGCAAAAACAAUCUUAUGGGAGUUUUAUAAUGGUCCAUCCCUCUAACUUUCGACAGUCAAUACCAGGACAUAAGAUCAUCAAAUCAAACGUUUUCAAGAUAAAACGACGAUGAAGAAUAAGAAUAAAAAGCAAGAAGAUGAAGGUUCGACUCAAAGCAACGCAUCAAGCAAUUCGGCCUCUGAAGAAUCAAACCACUCUGGGUCGGAGUCUGGGAGUCAGUCGGAGAGUGAACAGGGCAGGGAGAGGAGAAGAUCGCACCACUCUGGAGAGUCCAACAGUUCCUCUGAAUCUGGGAGCCAGUCUGGGUCUCAGAGUGAAUCCCAGCAAGCCUCAGCGGAGGUCAACGACAAACCACCAGUUAAAAAGAGAGACUAUCUGGCAGAUGUAAAGAAGAUGUGGGAAGAGCAUCCAGAUGUCUAUGGGGUCAGGCGAUCAAAUCGCAGCAGGCAAGAACCUGCUCGUCUCAAUAUUGGAGCCGGGGGUAGCAGUGACUCAGAAGGUGAAAGUCCUAAAAGAAAAGCAACACGACAAAAAAGGAAAGAAAAUACCUGGAAGAGUGAUGACUCGGAGCAGGAGGAGGAUGCCAGCAGUGCAGACAGUGAGCAGGAAGAGAAAGUUAGAUCCAGACGACUUCCUGCUAGAAGACCACAGACCCAAUCAUCUACAGUCAAAAAACAGCAGCCUCCAAAGGGAAGGAAAACCAGGAAACAAGAGUCAUCUGUGGAGGAAGAUGAUGAUGAUGAUGAUGACGAUGAUGAAGAUACCCCAAAGAGACAAACCCGGCGAAGGGUGGCGGCCAAAGUCAGUUACAAGGAGGACCUGAAUGACUUUGAGACAGAUUCUGACGACCUGAUAGAGAUGGAGGGAGCUGAGGUGGAGCCGGAAGAUGACAGCGAGACCAUUGAGAAGAUCAUGGACACCAGAACAGGGAAAAAAGGAGCCUGUGGGGCUUCCACUACCCAGUAUGCUGUGGAGGAAAACGGGGACCCCGGAGCAGACUUUGACUCUGAGAAGGAUGAAGGAGAGACCCAUUACCUGAUCAAGUGGAAAGGCUGGUCCUAUAUCCACAACACCUGGGAGAGCAUCGACUCCCUCACUCAACAGAAGGUCAAGGGACUGAAGAAACUAGAGAACUUCAAGAAGAAAAACAAUGAGCUCAAUGCUUGGUUGAACAAAGCAUCCCCCGAGGAUUCAGAAUACUACAACUGCCAACAAGAGCUAACCACUGACUUAAAUAAGCAGUUCCAAAUUUUGGAAAGAGUCAUUGCGACUAAAAUAGGGAAGACACAGGGACCGUCUGAUUUCCCUUCUCACAGCCACAAGAAUGCGUCGUCGUCCAAUGAGCCGGAGUACCUGUGUAAGUGGAUGGGCCUGCCCUAUUCAGAGUGCAGCUGGGAGGAUGGAGCUCUGCUGGGGAAGAAGUUCCAGCACUGUAUAGACAGCUUCACCAACAGGAACUCCAGCAAAACAGUCCCCUCCAAAGACUGCAAAGUGCUGAAACAGAGGCCCAGAUUUGUUGCACUGAAGAACCAGCCAUUGUACAUUGGGGAUGAGAACCUGCUGCUGAGAGAUUACCAACUAGAUGGACUGAACUGGCUGGCUCACUCCUGGUGCAGGUGCAAUAGUGUGAUCCUGGCUGAUGAGAUGGGUCUGGGGAAAACCAUCCAAACCAUCUCAUUCCUUUCCUACCUGUUCCACCAGCACCAGCUGUAUGGGCCCUCUCUGGUGGUGGUGCCCUUGUCCACCCUCACCUCCUGGCAGAGAGAGUUUGACACCUGGGCCCCCGACAUGAACGUGGUGGUCUACCUGGGAGAUGUGAUGAGCAGGAAAUCGAUCCGUGAUUAUGAGUGGGUAUGCCAUCAGACAAAGAGAAUAAAGUUCAAUGCACUUAUAACCACGUAUGAAAUUCUACUGAAAGACAAGGCAGUGUUGGGGAACAUAAACUGGGCCUUCCUGGGUGUGGACGAAGCUCACAGGCUGAAGAAUGAUGACUCCCUGUUGUACAAAACCCUGAUCGAGUUCCGGUCCAACCACAGACUUCUAAUCACAGGGACACCACUGCAGAACUCUCUCAAAGAGCUGUGGUCCCUUCUGCACUUCCUCAUGCCUGACAAGUUUGAGAAUUGGGAAGAUUUUGAAAGCGACCAUGGUAAAGGGACUGACAAUGGCUACCAGAGCCUCCACAAAGUCCUUGAGCCCUUCCUCCUGAGGCGUGUCAAGAAGGAUGUGGAGAAAUCCCUGCCUGCCAAGGUAGAACAGAUCCUCCGUGUGGACAUGUCCGCUGUGCAGAAGCAGUACUACAAGUGGAUUCUGACCAGGAACUUCAGAGCCUUGCAGAAAGGCACCCGAGGCAGCUCAUCUGGUUUCCUCAACAUCGUCAUGGAGCUGAAGAAGUGCACUAACCAUGGUUUCCUCAUCAGGCAGCCCGAGGAGGAGUGUGACACUCAACAGGAGUACCUGCAGGCAUUGGUGAGGGGCAGUGGGAAGCUGGUGCUACUAGACAAGCUGCUGACCAGACUUCGGGAGAGGGGCAACCGAGUCCUCAUCUUCUCCCAGAUGGUGCGGAUGUUGGACAUUCUGGCUGAGUACUUGGCCCUGAAGCGCUACCCAUUCCAGCGCCUGGACGGUUCCAUAAAGGGAGAAAUACGAAAACAGGCACUUGACCACUUUAAUGCUGAAGGCUCUGAGGACUUCUGUUUCCUGCUGUCCACUAGGGCUGGAGGGCUGGGGAUCAACCUGGCAUCUGCAGACACUGUGGUCAUCUUUGACUCUGACUGGAAUCCUCAGAACGACCUGCAGGCUCAGGCCAGGGCUCACAGGAUUGGCCAGAAGAAACAGGUAAAUAUCUAUCGCUUGGUCACAAAGGGAUCUGUGGAGGAAGACAUUAUUGAGCGAGCCAAGAAGAAGAUGGUUUUGGACCAUCUUGUCAUUCAGAGAAUGGACACCACUGGUCGAACUGUACUGGAUAACAACUCUGGAAAUUCUAAUUCCAACCCAUUCAACAAAGAUGAGUUGACUGCCAUCCUGAAGUUUGGAGCUGAAGAUCUGUUCAAAGAGGCAGAAGGAGAGGAGACUGAACCUACGGAGAUGGAUAUCGAUGAGAUCUUGCGGUUGGCUGAAACCAGAGAAAGCGACCACGGAUCCAGUGCCACAGAUGAGCUUCUCUCUCAGUUCAAGGUGGCCAACUUCUCCAACAUGGAGGAGAGUGCUCCAGACCUGGUGGAGCGGACGGUACCUGACUGGGACGACAUCAUCCCUGAGGACCAGAGGCGGAAGCUGGAGGAAGAGCAGAAACAGAAGGAGAUGGAGGACAUCUACAUGCUGCCCAGGAGCAGGAGCUCCAACAAGAGGCCCCAGACUAACGACAGUGACAGUGACAUUGGCUCCAAGCUGAAGCACCGUUCCUCAGGCUCUGAGAGCGAGACGGACGACAGCGGUGAUGACAAGAAGCCAAAGAGGAGAGGCAGGCCCAGAGCCCGCAAGAACAACGUGGAGGGUUUUACUGAUGCAGAGAUCCGCAGGUACAGUAUGUUCAUCAAGGCUUACAAGAAAUUUGCAGCUCCGCUUGAAAGGCUGGAGUGCAUUGCCCGGGACUCUGAGCUGGUGGAAAAAUCCCAGGCAGACCUGAAGAGACUGGGAGAGCUAAUCCACAACAGCUGUGUGACGGCUGUCCAAGAGCACGAAGAGCACCUCAGAGAGAACCCCAGUGAAGCCAAAGGUCCUGGGAAGCGCAGAGGUAUAAACAUAAAAAUCUCAGGAGUGCAGGUCAAUGCCAAGUCCAUCAUUCAGCAUGAGGAGGAGUUUGAGCCACUGCACAAAGUUGUGCCAGCUAAUCCUGCUGAGAGAAACAAGUUCCAACUGACUUGCAGAGUGAAGGUGCCACACUUUGACGUGGACUGGGAUCUGCAGGAUGACACUCAACUGUUGCUGGGGGUCUAUGAGCAUGGCUACGGCAACUGGGAUCUGAUGAAGACCGAUCCGGAUCUCAAACUUGCAGACAAGAUUAUCCCCGAUGACCCAGAUAAGAAACCCCAAGGGAAGCAGUUGCAGGGCAGAGUGGACUAUCUUCUGAAGACGUUGAAGAAAGAAGUGGAGAGUAAAGAAGUCACUAAGGACGAGGUCAAAGUGAAGCAGAGGAAGCCUCGGGUGAAGAAAGAGAACAAGGCCCCUAAAGAUGAGCAGGGAAAUUACAUUUCCUCCCCUCGCCUGUCAGACAACCCCUCCGAGGAAGGGGAGGUGAGGGAUGACGGGACAGAAAAAACUCCCUCAAAGAAGAGACAGAAGAAAAAGGAUAACAAAGAGAACAAAGAAAAACAGGGAACUCCUAAAAAAGAGGUGGAAAAAGACAAACGUCCCAAGACAAAAAAAGAAAAGGCUAAAGGAGCCAAAGGGAAGAAGCCCCAGGGGCCGGUCCACAUUACUGCUGGAAGUGACCCUGUUCCCAUCGGAGAGGAUGACGACGAGCUAGACCAGGAGACCUUCAGCAUUUGUAAGGAGCGCAUGAGGCCGGUGAAGAAGGCUCUGAAGCAGCUGGAUAAGCCUGACGAGGGCCUGUCUGUUCAGGAGCAGCUCCAACACACACGCACCUGCCUGCUGAAGAUAGGAGACCGCAUCACUGAGUGCCUUAAAGCCUACAGCGACUCAGAGCAUGUCAAAACAUGGCGUCGGAAUCUCUGGAUUUUUGUGUCCAAGUUCACAGAGUUCGGAGCGAGGAAGCUUCACAAGCUGUACAAGAUGGCUCAGAAGAAGCGGUCUCAGGAGGAGGAGAAGGAGCAUAAAAAAAAGGGGGAUGACCCAUCGGGCAAGAAGAAGUCUUUCAGAGCAGAGGCGUCUAGUUCCAGUCGAGACUCCACCGGCACCCAGCCAUCGUCGAAGUCUCAUCCAGGCAUGCCUCGCCCCUCUCCCACAUCCCCCCAAGGUCACCACAGAGAAGGCUAUAACAAAUCCAACAACAGACACUUUGGAAAUGAUGAUCGAGAAGAUUGGCAGAGAGAUCGUAAAUACAACUACCCUGGAAAUAGCAAUCAAUCCUGGCAAGGCGAGCGACAUCAUCCAUAUGACGCCCAUCGGUAUAAGGACCAUCACUAUGGCGACCGUCAUCCACGUGAAGACUCCUACCGCAGUAGCUGUAGUAGUUACCGUAGCGGCAGCAGCAACUCCCCGCGGAAGAGGCCAUAUGACCAGUAUGACAACGACCAGGAUCACAGGGACCGCCGGGCCUAUUAUGACAGACAUCCAGACGCCAAGCGUAGACGCGGCGAUGACUUCCGUCCUCCCCAAGACUUCAGGAGUGGAGGAGGCCAUCCCCAGGACUUCAGGGGGAGGAUGCUGGAGCAAAGGGGGCCAACAGGGCAAGAACACUUCACCCGGCCCUAUCCAGACAACAAACCCCCUCCCCUGCUGGACCCACGCUCCCCACAGGCUCAGAAGUCCCCCCAGGACUCACGCUCGCCAAACGCAGAGCGGACUGCAGAGCGUAAAGCUGCAGGGGCUGAUUUAAACUGGAACAACAGGAAGACAUGAGGCCUGUCACUGAAUGGAAAGGUGUUGUCCAGGUGAGGAACACAGUGGUGCUGCUGAAGGACAGGUCUGGGCUGGCUCGAAUCACUGUUUCGCUUGGCCAGACAACCUCAGUCGGAUACGGAAUUGACAAAUACUCUGUUUACCAGCAAACACCAAACUCUCCACAUCCCUCCCCCAGGUGUGAUUGUGGUAACGAUCUGUGUCUGUGCCCAUGUAGAAAAGUGUUCAACAUUAUGGAGUAUGUAUCACACUAAGCAAUGUUUUUGUUGUUGAAAUGACAGAUAAUCAGUCAGUGUUAGUGAUGAGUCUGUAGAAUGCCUAUGGAUAGUUAGUCCUAUGGACUAUUAUGUGGGGAAAAAUUGAUGAUGACUGAUCUGGAAACAUUGAAGUGUCUGAAGUAUUUAGCCUUUUAAAUGUUAGCGGUAUGGGAUUAUUCCCAAAUACUUAGAUUUUUUUGAGUUUAGCUUUAUGCCAUUAUAAUAAAAGUAAUGUUUAUUCAUCUUGACCUGGUUAUGAAAUUAUCAUAAUUUCAUAAAGAAGAUGCCCAUUCUUUCCCUAAAUAAAAAUAAGUGCAUCCUUCUGUCUAAAUUGAAGACUAAUAGUAAGUUAGUCACACCAGUACCUAGUUCUCAGAAUUGCUAUUUAAAGUGUUUUAAUGAGCAUUUGUCAUUAGUGUUGAUAAUCAUUCUUCUGUAAAGACAUUCAUUGUCUUUUUGUUUUGUUUAUGAUAACUUAGUAGCGGGUCAGUGGUUAAGGACCUAAUGAGAAGGACAUGUUUAUAAACAUUAUUUAAGGUAAUUAGUUGUGCAAAGCUUCAGAAGAACACUGACUGUUAAAGUUAUCCCUAACCACGUUUAUUUGUAGGUGUGCAAAGAAUUUGCCAUUUAAACCAUAUUUCUCUCUAUCCUAUGUAUGAAUGGUACUUUUGCAUCUUACAUUGCACAAUUAGUACUGCACUCUACUGGCUUAGUCAACCCGUAAAAGUAUUGCGCUAUGUUUGAGAAGAAUCUGUAAAUCAUUUUUUCAUUUUCUAUAGUUAUGUGACACAGUGACAGCAGUGUAACCACUGAUCGAUUUUCUAAGGUACACGAGUGUUUACGGAUGUGGUUGAUGACAAGCUGUUAUUGGUCAUUCUGUUUUAGUGCCAAACCAGAGACUGGCCCUGCUGUUGUUCUUAUGAUUUCUGGUGUGCUUCUCCAUUUGUGCCUUAUUUCUGUGAAUAUUUUCAUACUGUAUAUCCUACUGGACACAUUUCAUUGAAAUGACAUGGAAACAACUGAUUUAACCAAUGUGUGUACCCAGUGGGAUGAGUUAUGGACAUUUACUGUACUGUUCUACAGAGAUGAUGCAGUAUUAAACAGUCAUUUCUUGAGAUUGUUCUCAAUGGAUGAUUGUGUAACGUGGCAUGCUUGUUAAGCGAAGACUGGUGGUGGGAACAAAAUGAUAUUGUUUGUCAUGUUCUUCUGCAACUCCCCAAAAGAUCUUGGGAAAAAUGAUUUACACAGAUGAAUCAGUGUUAUGUCCUCUGUGGGCAUAUCUGAUAGAAGGAAUAGGCAACCAACACCACCUUCCUUUUCUCCACGCUACAGUCCCUGGAGUUGUGUUUUUGAAAACAAGCCUAAAUAAUUUAUAUUUGUGAGAAAGCCACUCCACGUGAAAUAUACUGUCAAUAUGUUUAUAGACAUAUGUAUUAAACUUUGCUACAUUAUAAAA